AUGCAGAGGAUUGUUUUCCAGUUGAUGGAACAGCAGGCCAAAAUUUUGAAGGGAACAGGUGCACAAGAAAAUGAACAGAUGGUCCAGAAAAAUGGGCUUGUAAUAUUUGAAAAAUGGCCAGGAUACAAGGGAAGCAAUACAUUUCGACAGCAGGAGUACAACAACCAGAUGAGCAGCUCUGUCCAUGCAAACCUCGGGCCGCUAUAUACAAUACUAGACAAAUUUGAUUUGAAGUUCUGGCUUGCAGCAGAUACUAGUAACAAGUAUAUGGUGAAUGGAUUUCCUUACUUGGAUGAAGAGCUGCAGCCAGUUCUCCAGUACUACCAAGGCUCAUCAAUAGAUUCUGGGCUUGUGGCAGAUGCUGAUGGCUUCCACCUGAACAACAAGAACCUCACUAUAUUCAGUGGUGCACUACACUAUUUCCGAGUGCAUCCUUCUUACUGGGAAGACAGAAUAGCCAAAAUUAGUGCUAUGGGACUGGUUGCUGUUGAAACAUAUGUACCCUGGAACUUACAUGAGCCUGAAGAAGGUGUUUACGACUUUGGAGAUGGAGACAGAGAAUUCUCUCCAUUUUUGGAUCUGGAUUUAUUUAUUCAAAAGGUUUAUGAAGCUAAUCUUCUUUUGCUGAUACGGCCUGGACCAUACAUUUGUGCAGAAUGGGAAUUUGGUGGAUUGCCAAGUUGGCUCCUGAGAAUACCUGAUAUCAAAGUCCGAACAUCUGAUGAGAAAUAUACUUCAAAAGUAAAAGCAUACUUUGAUAAACUCCUACCAAUUAUUGCAAAGUGGCAAUUCAUAAAAGGUGGACCCAUCAUUGCAGUCCAGCUGGAAAACGAAUAUGGAGGAACAGGUGCCAAUGAUAAAGAAUAUCUAGAAUUUUUACGUGACCUGUACAUCAGUCAUGGGAUUCAUGGAUUAUUCUUCACAUCUGAUACCCCAGGUCGUAGUGGUGACCGUGGUGCCUUGGAUGGAGUGUUACAGACAGCAAACUUCAAGUUCUUCCCAGAGGUUCAGCUUAAUGUGCUGAGAGAAUUACAGCCAGAUAAACCAGCAAUGGUCAUGGAAUACUGGGCAGGAUGGUAUGACCACUGGAUGAACGGCAGACAUGCAAGUACUUCAGCAGCACGUUUCCGAAACAUAUUGGAAAGAAUCAUAACAUAUCCUGCCUCCUUCAACCUCUACAUGUUCCAUGGAGGGACAAGCUUUGGAUUCAUGAGUGGAGCAAAUGCUGCAUCAUCAUUCCCAACCUAUAAACCACAAGUUACAAGCUAUGAUUAUGAUGCACCACUGACAGAGGCAGGUGACUACACAGACAAGUACACAGCAGUGCAAGAGCUUUUGGAUCAGUAUGCUCCCAAGAAAUUCCUCAAAGCAGAUGCUCCAAAAGAGACUACUAAAGUGGCCUAUCCUGAUGUCCCUCUUCUUGGACAGCUGAAUUUGGAUGAUUUAGUUGCACAAGUGGAUGCUGGAGAUUGUGUUAAUGCAACUGAUAUUCUGACAAUGGAAUUUCUUGACAUCAACAAUGGCAAUGGGCAAAGUUAUGGUUUUGUGCUGUACCGAAAGAAUGCUGCAACAAUUGGAGAAAACUCAGUAUUACAAAUUAUUGGUCAUGUCCGAGAUCUAGCAGUAGUUCUCAUUGAUGGAGAAAACAUAACUGAACCACUAACUUCAAAGGAACAGUUGAAAAACUUUGGUUUUUGGGAACAAAGUAAUGCCAGCACAACAUUGAGUGCAGAAGCCAGUGUUCCACACACACUAGACAUACUAGUUGAGAACUGGGGACGUGUUAACUAUGGAAGACUCGACAGUGGUGUUUUUGAUCAGAGGAAAGGAAUUGUGUCAGGACCUGUCCUGAUUGAUGGGACAGCUAUCUCAGACUGGCAAAUCUUUGCUCUUCAGUUCAAGAAGAAAUGGCUUCAAAGCUUGACUGGGUGGCAGCCAGUUGAUGAUUCAGUUCGUGGUCCUGUAUUGGUUCGAGCCAUCUUUGAUGUGGAUUCUGCACCAAAUGACACUUUCAUUGAUAUGAGUGACUGGGGGAAAGGAUCAGUCUUCCUUAAUGGCUUCCCUCUUGGUCGCUAUUUCAAUCUUGGCCCUCAGAGAACACUAUAUGUGCCUGCACCAUUGCUUGUACAGGGAUCCAAUGAGGUACUCAUAUUCGAGCUCUACACACCUUCCACAAAAGUUGUCUUCAGUGACUCACCAAUUCUAGGCUAAAAUAUAGCACACUACAAUUUAUAAAUACAUUAACCUAUUUUUACAUUGCUG